GGAGGAGGAGUGGCAGUAAUAUUACUGUGUAAAGACACAGCUCCUGAUCUCAAAGGUUGCAAAGAUAGCUGGAGAGGUUCAAAAUGAGGCGCAAAGUUGGAUAUUGUGGACUAAUUUUAGUCAUUCUCUUCACCUACAGUGAACAAUCUAAGAAGCAAAACGUCGCUCAAGGAACAGACUGUAGUGACAUUAAGGGUAAAAAUCCUCAGGCUUUCAGUGGAGUUUAUUGGAUCCAGCCCAAUGGAGUCAGAGCCCCAUUUAAGGUUUACUGUGAGAUGCGCGCUGAUGGCAGCUGGACAGUUUUCCAAAAACGUAGUGGGCCUCAGAUGAAAUUCAACAGAGUCUGGGCAGCCUAUAAGAAUGGUUUUGGGAGCCACACAAAGGACCACUGGCUGGGACUCAGGAAGAUUUUUGCUUUAACCAAAGACAAGACCAAGAAGUGGACUUUGAGAGUGGAUCUCUGGGACCAUGAAGGAAACACAGCAUUUGCAGAGUACACUCACUUUAAACUGGGCAAUGAAAAAUCAGGCUUCAAGCUGCAUGUCAGGAAGUUCAAUGGGACUGCAGGUGAUGCUAUUCGUGGUGUGUACAAAGGAAUUGACCAGAAUGGUUUUGGCUUCAGUACCAUAGACAAGGAUAAUGAUGGCUGCCAGCCUUGUAUUUUUGGGGACAUUGCCCUGGAAGAGUGUGCUGCUUCAGAGGGAGGGGGCUGGUGGUUCAGUCGCUGUGGGUCGGCCAGUCUCCAUGGCGACUAUCACCCAGCAGGAGACCACAUCGGUUGGGCAUCUGGUCUGCACUGGGACAGCUGGAAAACCAGUGCUCCAUACUCUCUGAAGGCAACCAGGAUGAUGGUCAAACCAGUGGUGUAGACAACGUUCUUUCAUAUAUAAUUCAGCUUUGUGUUGUUUUGUUGUACACAAGUUUAAAUAUAUUUAACUUAAAUUGUAAUAAUUUCUACUGAACAGCACUGGAAAUUAUAAAACCUCUGCAACAGUUAUCCAAUAAAUGCUUGAGGUGAACUCCAGCAGAGGGUGGCAGAGAACAGAAUUGUUGUAAAUGGUGGACAAAUCAUUUCACAGCAGAAUAAAGUUGCUGAGAAAUCUG